AGCCCGGAGCGGGCGGGGGCCGUGGGGGCAGAGCCCUGGCCCGGCCUUACGGCUUUGCUGGAACCGGGGCGGGUGGAAGCGGGACCCGCCGGCGCCCAGCCGGGCUCCCGUCCCCGCAGGCACCGCACCGAAUUGGGCUCGGCGCCGGUCCCCCCCAGCCCUGGCUCUGCCCCCCACCACCCCGCCCCGGGGCUCCCGCACAAGCUGCCGGUGGGGCGGGCCCGGGCCGGGGGCUGCGGCUCCCCGGUGCCUCCGCCCCGCCGCAGAGGGGACGGGCGGGGGCUUCCUGCCGCCUCGGCAUUGCCGCCAGCGCCAUGGAGCGGCUCCGGUUCCCGUUCCCGCGGCUCCCGCGGCUCCUGGCCGCCGCAGUGAUCGUGGAGUGCUGCGCCCGGCUCUGCCCCGGUCUCGGCACCGGGACCGGCUCCGCCAUCCCCUGCGCCCGCCCGGGCGAGCGCUGCCGCACAGGUCCGGAGCGAGGAGCUGGCACGGGGCCCGCGCCGACGCCGGAGGCCGUGGGGCAGCCGCGGACAGGGGCUGAGCUGCCGCCCUUCCCUGGGACCCCCAACGGGACCGCUGAGCCCCCCAGCCCCCCGGGGAGCCCCCAGGCAGGCGGGGAGGGGACGGGGCCCACGGCGUGGGGUGGAACAGCCACCCAGCACCUGGGGCUGCUGCUCGCUGCUGGCAGCGAGGGGCCGUCCCCUCCCCCAGCCCUCGGGUCUCCCCCCGGGACUGACCCCGCAGGAAAUGUGACGGCGGGAGGUGCCACGACCCCGCAGGGGACCCCAUCGCAUUCGCCGUCCUCUGCAACGGUGCCCGGCUCUGCUGGAGGGCAGGGGGGGACCCCCAGCACCCCACCGGGAUGGAGCCCCACCGGGACAGGCCUUGCGCUGAGGCAGGGGGGCUCACACAGCCCCUCACCCCCAGAGCCGUGGGCUGGGGAGGGCCCAGGGGCCACUGUCUCACGGGGUGACAGCAGCAAGGGGACUCACCUGAGCGUCUCGCUGGCCAAGGACAGCCCUGUGCCGGGGACGAUGGGGACGUCGCCCUUUGGGGCUGCAGCAGGGCUGACGUGGGGGCCCCCAACUCAUCUGCCCACCAUGGCACCAGCGCCUCCCCAGCAGCCCACCGAUCUCCCCGGGACCCUGGGCCAUCGUGGGGGCCCCGGGUCCCCCCCAGCUUCGGGGGACGCAGAACUGGUCCAGCCGCCGAGCAGCCCCGGAGGGUGGCCGGAUGCUGACACCCCCCAAGUGACACCGGCCCCUGCUGCGGCAGGCAGGGCCCCCCGGGUGUUCAUCGUGGAGGAUCAGCCACCCCUCCUGAGAGCAUCCCUCCUCCGCAUCCCCUGCGAGCUGGUGCUGGACAUGGGGUUCGUCCCUGCUCUGCAAGACCCCGGCUCCCACGAGCGCCGGGGGCUGCUGCACAGCUUCAACCGGACAGUUGUGCCCCUCUUCAUGUCGGUGCCGGGGUUCCUGAGGCUGGAGGUGACGGGGAUCAGGGAGGGCAGCGUGGUGCUGCAGUACGACGCGCUGUUCGCGGCCGAGCGGGUGCCCGCGCCAGGGCUGGGCGCGCUCCUCGACGCGGCGCUGGGCUCCGGCAGCGCCCGGCCCGGGCUGGCGGUGGGCACGGCCCCCGUCCUGCGACACGUGGCUCUGGAGCGGCCGCUGGACCCCUGCGCUCUGCUCUUCGCCUGCCGGGCCGGCUUCACCUGCGUGGCCGGGGCGGACGGGAACGCCACCUGCACCUCCCUCUGCCACCGCGACUACUGCAAGAACCACGGCAUCUGCACCCACCCCCGGGACCGCGGGCCCCUCUGCCAGUGCCCCGUCGGCAGCGAUUUCUGGUUCGUGGGGCUGCGCUGCGACUACCGGGUGACGCAGCAGAGCUUGCUGGGGGUGGCCGCGGGGGUCCUGCUCAGCAUCGUCCUCCUGGGCGCCGUCGUCGCCGCCGUCGCCAUUCGGCGGUUCAAGGCGCUGCUGCUGGAGGCCAGGGCCGAGCAGAGCCGCAGCAGCUACCGCCGGUUCUGCCGCCUGGACGACCUCUCGGCCCGGUACUGGUCCCGCUCCUGGUUGCCCUCGGCCAGCUCGCUGGACAACCCGGCCUUCAGCAACUCGGAGGAGCUGCUGCACCUGCGGAUCCUGGACAGCGGCUGCUGCGGCUGCCGGGGGGACGCGGCCGCCAGCGCCAGCGCCAAGCAGCGCCCGCCCGCCCGGCCCAGUUCCCAUUACGCCUGGGACACCAGCUCCAGCACCAUGAACGACCCCAUGGUGGACUCGGGAAAAGCCAGCGAUAUCUCGGUGUCGAGCUGGCCGCUGGAGCCCGGGCAGUGGGGGCCCUUCCCCCUCCUCCACCAGCUCUCCAGGCAGCGCCCGCACCGAGCCCGGCGGCCUCGUUCGCACGGCGAGGGGCUGGAGCUGGGCAGCCUGGAGAGGAGCUGGACAGCCUGAAGAGCGCAGAAGUACAGGCCACAAGGUUCAGCUUUUAAAACCAACCACAUUUUAUUUCCACGUAACAAGCUCAGUGAAGGAAUUUCAAACACUUUGACAAUACAAUCAACGCAGGUGCGAUGUCAGUUCCACGCCAGGCAGAGGCCGGAACGAUUCUCUGCCAACGUUUUCACCACUGCUUCAGGACCAGACUUCAGGAGCCAGCUUUGGCUUGGGACAGCGUAUUUCAUAGUAAGUAGUUACAGAGAAGUGUCUAGCAACACACAAUGCUGGCAUCCAACAGAGUUAAUGACUUACAUCCGGCAAUUUGAAAAUAAAGUCUAACAGAUUUUUUGAAGUCACAUCAUACUAUGUACAUAUAUGGUCUGCCCUAUAGCCAUUUCAGAACAAGCUAAGCCACUGUGAAAAGUGAGAUACAAAUUAAGCGCUGCUGCAUUGUUCGUCAUGAUUAAUGUAAAUGAGGUAUAAAUUUAAACACCAGUACGUUUUAAGCAUUAAAGUUUAUUUUCCAAAAUGCUCUCCUUA